UUCUCAUAACGGAUAGAAACGCUCUCUCAGUUCUUGCGCGCCAAGACAAGAAACCUAUUGCUCUCCCGCUAUCUGUUCGUGAUUCUUGAAACUUUCUCCGAUUUCGAUCAACGAUUCUGCCUCGCACCGCAGCAUUCCGCAAGAGAACCAAGAGUUUGAUGAAGAAAGCCUUCGAGUUAUCCACGCUCUGCGAUGUUCGGACCUGCGUUUUGAUCCAUGGCCCUGCUCCUCCACAAGAUGGUGAUUGCUCGGCAGUGGAAUCUCACACGUGGCCUCUCAAUCGCGAAGAAAUCGAAGGUAUUAUCCGGGCCUAUAAGACUAGUUAUUUUCAGAAACCAUUGAUGAAGUCUUUCGAUUUGUACGGUUAUUUCUCCGAUCGUAUGAAGAAAAUCGAAGCAGAGAGGGCUAAAUUUCGCAAUGAUGCUGAAGAUAUCAAGUGCCCGAGUUGGGACGAGCGGCUUGAGUGUUUGUCCGGACAUCAGUUGCGGUUGGUCAUGGAGGAUUUGGGUUCGAAGAGUGAAGUUGCAGAGGGAAUGAUUGGUUUUAUGGAAGGAGUAUCCGCAAUUGAUUUCAUUUGCGGAUCAACCGAGAAUCAAACUCCGAAUACUGAAAAUUCAACCAUUGAGGGAGCAUCUGCAACUGAUUUCAUUGGCGGACCAACCGAGAAUCAAACUUCGAAUUCUGAAAAUUCAACCAUUGAUUCACAAUGGUUCCCUUUCCAUGAUGGGUUACAAACCGAGGAAGCUCUUUUGAUGAUGCCUGAUCAUGAUUUCUCCAACUUAUUAUUUGGCACAAACGGAGUUGACUACACUUAUGAACAUCUCCUCUCGAACGAGAUGAUGAUGGAGAACAACAACAUGGGAGAAUUUCAAUCUGCAGCGCCUCUCCAACCAAUUUUGCCACUGUCGUAUUUGCAAUGUGCCUCAGAUUAUUCUCAAAUGAUGAACAAUGCUUUUAGUGUGAGCAAAGGACAUUCUUACCUAAAGGCGGUUGAACUUUUGCUUCUAAUCCUACUCACAUUUGCAUUGUUGGGAGUGUAACCGGGAGUUGGAAUUUUGAUCCCCUAUACCUAAGGGCACCUGCACCCACCUCAAGACUUGGAACCAGGAGACAUAAAUGGUUUUUGGUAUUAAGCUCACCAGAAGGUUUGAACUUGGGACCUCUAAGCUAGUAUGACCAAAAGAUCCCAAGCCCUUGCCGACCGGACUGCUCCUGGGAGGAUGGACACACCAGAUUGCAGAAAAUCAAAAUCCUGAUGUGAAGGCUACUGAAACAGCUGCAAUCCAUGUAAGUCUUCCCUGUCCCUCAUAUUCGAAGUGUUUUGGGUUUGUUUUUAGAAUCUGGAGGCAGUUUCAUUUGUAAUGGAACAUCAUUCUUUUCAUUUUCUUCACCAAUAUAUAUUGUGUUCUUUUUUACAACAUACAUAUAUGAGAGCUGAGUUCAUUGGCUUAAACUUGGUGGACAAAUGGAGGGAAAAUGAAAGAAAUAAGGUUGUUUUUUAGUUAUUGGUUAAAUAUAGAUUGACUGAACGCAGAAAGCCUUCCACUGGCAGGCGAUCGUGUUUUUCACAGGAUUUCUCGUUACUCAUGUCAGUAUUCUCACUUCUGAUAUCUCCAGGUGUUGUCACCAAAAACCUUUCUCGAUUGACAGAACAUCCCGUUACUGACACUUGAAAAAGCUGCUUUCAAGGUCUCGUCGUUUCGGUGAAUCACUUGAGCCCCGAUACAUUUUCGGUGCCAUGAAGCUAGACCAGUGAGCUAUUACACUUUCUUCAAAUGAUGGCUGCUUCCAAGCCCACCUCCUGAUUGUCGUCGCUCGAUCACUUCCUUUUCCACCAAGUGAUUGCUUAGGGACCUUAGCGUACGAUCUGGGCUGUUUCCCUCUCGACUUUGGAUCUUAGUUGUUACGAGUGGUGAAUUAUGUUGAUAAAAACAUUGGAUAUCUUUGAUUGUGCUACUUUUUUGUUGGGGUUGGCUUUCUUGUCCAGUAAAAGAAUGAAGAAUGGUUGAAUAA